UCCGAAAACUUCGCAGAUUGUUUUGCAAAAUUAUGAGAUCAUUUAUUUUCCUUAAAAGUAGAUAUAUUUUUAGCGACAGGUAAUCCAAGUUGCUGCUCAACGCCUCAUUUCCACCCUCAAAGAUUCUUAGCGAUGCUGAAGCAGAAGCUGGUGAAGGAGUUCGUGGAGGCCACAGGAGCGCCCCAGGCGGACGCCCUCAGCUGCCUGACCACGUGGAAUUGGGAUCUUCCCAAGGCGCUCAUCGACUACAGAGACACCUCAACGACUGAGUACCUCAGCGAGCAGCGCCCCGAGGAGCCACCCGGUUUCUGGAGCACGCAAGACGUGGAGAAACUCCCUCCGGCCGCCGAUGGCAGCCAAAGUAAACACAGUGACUCAGGCGAUAAGAGCGCCGACGGCAAUCAAGGGGAUUUUCUCGGUCGUCUGGCAGACAAGAAGCUCGCCAGGCGAAUCUCCAAGGCGGACGACAACGUGCACCUCGUGUCGCAGGCCCGAGGCGAAUUCUCGCGCGAUCCCACAACCAAAGAUGACCCGAAGAAGCCACGCGAGCGCCUCGAUCCGGAUUACACGUUCUCCCUGCCCGACCUCUUCGUCUACCCGGACAACUUCAGGCGCUUCCUCGAGAGGGAUUUGAUAGAGAACUCGACGCUAGUCGCCCUCGAGCAGGCUCACAGGCUCAAUUGGUGGACGAAUCUCGACGGCUGCACCAAAAUGUGGCCUCUCUCCACCACAGGUGAUGGGAAUUGCUUGCUUCACGCCGCCUCGCUGGCCAUUUGGGGCUUCCACGAUCGGAAGUUGUCGCUGCGCUCGGAACUCUUCCAUGUCAUGUCGUCGCCGAUGCUGAGCGAGGCCUUCGAGCGUCGCUGGCGCUUUCAGCAGACGCGCGUGAACAAGAGCGCCGGCUUUGUGUUCUCGGACGCGGAGUGGCGCAAGGAGUGGGAGGCGCUGGUGCUGAUGUCAUCGCCGGAGCCGCGCGAAGUGUCGUCGGCCAGCAAUUUGCGGCGCUGCUCGUUUCCCAUUGACAGAAUUGACAGCGCCACGGCGGUUUAUGAGAGUCUGGAGGAGAUUCACGUGCUCGUGCUGGCGCACGUGCUCAAGCGGACGAUCAUCGUGAUUGCCGACACGGUGUUGAGGGACUUGAAUGGCGAGGCGAUGGCGCCGAUUCCCUUCGGCGGGAUUUACAUGCCGCUCGAGGUGAAUCCCAAUGAGUGUCAGCGCGAGCCGCUGAUCCUGGCUUACGACAUGGCGCACUUCUCGGCGCUCGUGCGCAUGGACACGCGUGGCGAUCGGCCAAACUUCCUCGCGCCACUCACGGACAACACGUUCCAACUGCUGCCGAUUCAGUUUGGCAUCGAUCCCGGGCGGGACUUCGACUGGAGCGCCUAUGAUGGGACGGAGGGGAAUUAUAGGCUGACGGAGCAGGAGAAGAUCGCGCUGCUGAGUGAAUAUAUGAGUGUCGUGACGGUGCACAGUCGCACGAGCUCGGAUGACACGAUCUACAGGGAUUGGGCGGAGGAGGAUGCGCUGGAGAAGGAGAUGAAUGACAUUGAGAUCUCCCUGGCCGUGGAUGAGACUGAUCAGCCGGCGACCAAAGAGAGAAAUGCCGCUGGAAAGCAAUUGCACAGCGUGGCGAAGCAAUUUGGCAGCAUUGGGAAGAAUAUGAGCAAGAAGAUUAAGAAGAACAUCGAGAGCAUCACGAAGAUGGGCGGCAGUAAGUCGACGAAGAAGUAUCCAGUGAUGAAUGGUGUGCAUUUGCCGCCGCGCACGAGUGUUGCGUGCGCUCAAAUUCGCGUGAAACAUCACGAUUUCUACGAGGCGAUGAUCAAGAACUAUCUCGAGUGUGCGCAGGAGAGAUUCAUUGAGUGUGAGGUGAAGGAAGAGGUGAAGUGUGCGCCGGAAAAUGGGGGUGAUUUCAUGGUGAAUUGCGUGUCUGAGGGUUGCGUGAAGUUCGGCACGGUGGACACGAGUUAUCUCUGUCCGGAGUGUUAUGAGAAUCAGAAGCAGCGUGAGUUCAAUUCGUCCUUCUACGAUCAAAUGCCACGCUAUGGCACGGGAAAUUCCAAAUUCUACACACAAGCUGACAUGGAGAGUCACAAGAAGAUCACGAGAAUUCCUUCAGUUAAGCGUCUCAAUGAGCUCGAUCAGACGCUUUAUCUCUCCAAUUCGACGUUCUUCAAUGACAAACUCGCGCCCAGCGAUCCCGAGACGUUUCUCAGGAGUCGACAGGACAAAACAGCACUUGUGGUGGCGAAAGAGACGCGUCGGCAGAACAUUGCGUCCAUCUAUGAUAAUCUCUGUCCGGAUGAUUGCAAUUUCCAGUCCAACUAUUGCACGAAAUGCACAGAUUUGCGACAUGGAUCGAAGGAAAUUCCCGACAUAUCGCUGUAAGUGACCACAAAACUCUCUCUCUCUUUCUCUGUCUCUCUGUUUCUCACUCUGGCGGAGUUGCUAAUGUGCAAAUUGGCGAGGUUAAGUGCAAAGUUCUCUGAUACCAUCGGCAACAGCUUGUAUUUUUGGCAAUUACCACCUUCAGUGCCGCUGAACUUUCAAAUGAAACACGAUAGAAUCAUUAAGUGACUCAUUUGUAGUGAACAGUGAAGAGCAAAAGUGUAGCUCAAAACUCACACACAGAAGAAUUUGAUUAAAAAACAGGAAAAACACUUUGAUUUUCAGUUUUGAAGACAUGAAACACCAUGAAAAUCGAUUAAAACUGAAGUUUGUCGAUAGAAAAUGGAUAAAUUUCACAAACUUUGUCAUAUUGAGAGAGUCUCAAACUCUUGUCUUUUCAUCAAUGCUUAAGACAAGACUGUAAAUUUAGUGUUUGACAAGAAUUCCGGGGAAGUUUAGCAAUAAUCUGCAUUGUUGUGUACAAAAUUAGGGAAAGUUUGUGCUAUUUAUGGCACACAAUAUAUAAUGAAGUCGCAUGCCAAAGUCUUUUCCAUCUCCUCGAAGACGAUGUGAAAAGAAAACCAGUGAGAAGAUUACAGUAAUUAGACAAUUAGACAGCACACGAAGGAUAAGAUUGAGACUCUGGAUUAACAUCAAUUGAGCUUUCGUCGGCAGAAUUACCGAAAAGAGAUAUUAAACGGAUAAACACUGGAUGAAAUAGGCGUGGCUUCGAAGUGGGCGGAGCUUAUAAGUCGAAAAGGUGUUUUUUGCAAUACUAAAUUCACUUAUAAUAUUUUAUAUGGUUAUUUUCUGAGAUAAUUAAAUUUCAAUCUCAAUUUUUCUUUUUAUUCUUAUGUUGAAGAAAAUUUUGAUUAGCAUUAAAUCGAUUUAUUUGUGCUUUUCAAAAGUGUUUAAUCACAUGAAUUGAUGCUUUUGACAAUUGCUUACUGAAUGACGGAUUAUUUCUGUAAUUGCACCGAAAAUCGAAUGAAAAUGGGCGUGGCUUCGAAGUGGGCGGAGCUUAUGAACUGAAAAGGUGUUUUUGCCAAUAAAUUCACUAAUAAUAUUUUCUGUGGUUAUUUUCUGAGUAAUUAAAUUUAUGUCUCAAUUUUUCUAUUUAUUCUUAUGUUGAAGAAAAUUGGAUUAACAUUAAAUCGAUUUAUUUGGGCUUUUCAAAAGUAUUUAAUCACAUGAAUUGAUGUUUUUGACGGUUGCUUAUUGAAUGACGGAUAAACACUGGCUUAAUUCUGUAAUUGAACCGAAAAUCUAAUGAAAAUGGGCGUGACUUUGGAGUGGGCGGAGCUUAUAAGCUGAAAAGGUGUUUUUUGCAGUACUUUUGGUUGAUUUUCUAAGAUUUCACUCAUAUUCUUUUGUAGUUGUUAUAUUGAAACAUAUUUGGAUUAUCAUUGAAUUUUUGCAAAAAUUCAUUAUUUUUUAUGUGAAUAUAAUUAUUUGUGCUUUUCUACAACAUUAUUUGACAUUUUUCAACUUUUUGACGGUUGUUUUUGGUUGAAUUUGACUGUUUUGGAGAAUUGUGACGGUUGAAUUAAUCAAUUGAACUGAAAAUGGGCGUGACUUCGAAGUGGGCGGAGCUUAUGAACUACAGAAAGCUAUUUUCAGCACACUUCUGCUCAUUACUGUUCAUCUCUCACUCUGUGUUGAAAUUCAACUAAACAUUUGACUUUGUGAACUGUUUCAAUUAGACCUUUAAUUACGUCGCCAAUAGGAAUUUAUGCGAGUGUGAGUGUGUGAAAGUUGUCCGAAUCCUACAGCAAACGACCACAAAUGCAAGGGUGCAUUCAUCAUGUUGUUGGGGAAGGAAUUUUGUGAAAUGCAUUGCAUGAGAAUUUGUAAAUGAUCCCAAACAGUGAAAUGGGGUGGAAAAAGAGAGGAGAAAGCAUCGCAUGUUAAGUUUGGGGCUUUUUCAUUUUGUGGGGGUUGGAAAUUUAUGUUCAAUUUAUACAGCCCCCAAAAGGGUGGGGAAGGAGAAACGCAUAAGGGAUGAAGAGGCGAGAGAGAAAGUCAUUAAUUGACGAAAUAUUUAAAUUUUUCCCGUGUAUUUCUCCACUUGAGUUAAAUAGGCAUUUUUGGGGGGCGAUUAAUUGCGGCUUGGCGUGUGCGAUGAAUGUUGGCCUCAAACCAUUCGCCGAGUGCUCGAUUUUUGCAGGGCUAAUGAUUGAUGGCACGCGCUGGGUUUGCUUGUUGGUUGAGAAGUGUGAAAAAUUGCACAACAAUUAAAUUGUUUCCACAGCAAGAAGUGAGAUUGCGAGAAGUGACACGAAGAGAGUGAAGAAGUUCUUCUUCUUUGGGUGGUUUGAGAAACUUGAGCACACUUUAAAUGGGAAAACUUUCAGUUCAUUUCUGUGAUAUCGUCACCAGUGUUGAUAGGCCUUGGCAAUUUCCCACCCAGACGAUGACGGCUAAUUGAGUUGCUCUCUCAGUGUCUUUUGGCACUGUUUUCGGGG